AUGCUCGCUGUAAAAGUCGGUAGGCGUUAUUGGCGUUGUAUUAUUACAAGGAGGGGCAUAUGGUUAAAUGCUGCACUUUUCUAUGCAAAUAAUUUUGAACAGUUUAAAAGCGUGACUAAAAGUUUAACAGAUGAUGCUACAAGUGUCGAAAACCUGAAACAGUUUGUACAAAAUAAUACAGUCAAAUGUGGUUUAGCAUUUAUAAAAUUACAUUUAUACAAGUUAUCCAUGAAUCUUAAAAAUUUGGAAGAAUUUAAUAGUGAACUACUGAAAAACAUGGAUAUUUUUAGAAAAAUUGAAGAUAUUUUAAUAAAUAUUCCUGGUCCAAAUGGGAAAAAAAUUAAAGAAAAAUGA